GUCCCGCCUCCCCGCUCCUGGCCGGUGUCCCGCUGGCCGCCUCGCAGCCCGGUGUAUGUGCGGCAACAACAUGUCGGCGCCGCUCCCCGCCAUCGUCCCGGCCGCCAGGAAGGCAACGGCUGCUGUCAUUUUUCUUCAUGGAUUGGGAGAUACCGGGCAUGGAUGGUCAGAAGCGCUCGCAGGUAUCAAAAGCCCCCAUGUAAAAUACAUUUGCCCACAUGCGCCAGUUAUGCCAGUUUCUUUGAACAUGAACAUGGCUAUGCCAUCAUGGUUUGAUAUCAUUGGACUUUCUCCAGAUUCACAGGAAGAUGAAGCUGGGAUCAAGCAGGCAGCGGAGAAUGUUAAAGCACUGAUAGAUCAAGAAGUAAAAAAUGGAAUUCCUUCUAAUCGAAUUAUUCUGGGAGGCUUUUCUCAGGGAGGUGCUUUAUCAUUGUAUACAGCUCUUACAACACACCAGAAAUUAGCAGGUGUUGUAGCCCUCAGCUGUUGGCUUCCUCUACGGGCUUCUUUUCCUCAGGGCCCUAUCACUGGUGUCAACAAGGAUAUUGCUGUUCUUCAGUGCCAUGGGGACUGUGACCCAUUGGUUCCUUUAAUGUUUGGUUCUCUCACUGUUGAGAAGCUGAAGAGUAUGAUAAAUCCAGCCAAUGUAACCUUCAGGACUUACUCUGGCAUGAUGCAUAGCUCAUGUAUUGAGGAGAUGAUGGAUGUAAAACAGUUCAUAGACAAACAUCUACCUCCCAUAGACUGAAAUGAUACGUGAGAAGCCUUCUAUAUAAAUACACCAGCAUCAACUGUGAUCAUUGCGUACAGCCUAGGAAUAUGAAGGCCUACUAUGGGAAAAAAUAAAUCUACAAGAUACAGAAUGUCUCUUUCAGAAGCUUAAAAUUCUAGAAUGCAGUCGGUUACGGAAAUUGAUGCACACUGAAGAGCAUUUUGCAGUUAAGAGCCAUAAUUUACUUCUGGAAACAGCUGUUGUUCUGUAGAGCUCAGAGGCUGUCACCACAUUAGGAAUGUUUAAAAAACACAGUGCAGUUUUUACUAUAUAAUAGGCUGCAUAACAGUGUUCUAUACUAUAAUAUGUUUACAAGCAAAGAAUAUUUCUUUUUGGAUGCAUCUGUUGUGUCAGCACUGUGCUUCGUACCUGCAUUUAAGGUAUUUUCUCCUCUCCUAGCUUAAUCUAGUGGUCUUCUUACAGUGCAUAUGGAUUUACAUCCACAGCAUCUGCCAAUACAAAUGCAUAGAUGGGGAAUUAUGCCUCUAUAUCCCUUCUUUUUGCUGCCAGAAAUCUGACUUGUUCACCUUGCAUGAGUUCUUAGUUUUCAAUGCUUUUAUUUUUUUCAUACGUAUUGCACUUCAUUUAGAGAAAUUAAUUUUUCUUGUGUAAUCCAGUCUCUCUGGAUUAUUAAAUGUCUCUUAAUAUUUAAAACUGGAAAGGAGUUUUUUUCUAAAUGGUAUUGAAACACACUUAGAUAUUCCAUCUGUGUGGUUGAGAGGGCAUGUCUGUUAACUUUGAAGUUUAAUUAGUUUUUUCCCUUCAGUCACUGUUCUAUAGAUCUGCCAAUUUGUCUUUCAGUUAAUUUAGUUCACAGAAGAAACGGUAAUAUUCUUAUUGUAGUUGUGUCAAAGUUCUACUGAGAAAACAAUAUGUCCUAGCUUGGAGUCAUUCCCAAAUUGCAUUAGCUAAUUUUGCAGUCCUGCUGAAUUGCAGACUUGGUAAGCAAACCAUAUGAAAUUUCUCCUAGUUUUUAGAUUUAUCCUCACCCCCCUGUUGUCUAAAUAAUUCCCUGAAUACUGGCAUGUGUCCAGCAUUCUUGCACAAGCUUCUAAUUUUUUUCCUUUAUUUUUUGUCCUGUGUUUAAAUUGUUUGCAAAUGCCGUUCAGCUGUCUUGUUCAACUUCUCAUUGUGUGUUCAUUUCAUAUAUUCUUUCUUCAGUUAGAAUGAGUUUGAAAAAAUACUUCUGUUAAAAUGAGAUCAGCCCUAGCUUUAUUCUCUGUUAGCUUUAUAACAACUUCUUUACUUCAUGAACUGUGUUCAUAAUUUGUGUUCAGUUUCUGGUACUUGUGUAUUUUAAUCCAAGUCAGCUUCAGCUGUCGUCUCCAUGAUGCUUUCAGAUGUUUUUCUAGAAAUGCUUUAUGUGCUACCUUUGUUCAAAUAUUCAGCCUUCAUAACAAGAUUUUUUUCAUGCUGUUGUUUGCUGCUUGCCUAAUCUACAAAGAGCUGUGUUACCAAAGUAAAUGUUGUGACUUAGUCUGAGUUUCUGUAUUCUAGGAAGAAUUCCCCUCAA